AUGGCCGAAUUUCAUAGUCAGCCGAAAAUAUGCACGGCCUUCAACCUGCACAAACGUUGGUGUUUCCUGAUCCUGCUGUUACUAGUUCCAGUUAUCUUCGGCCAGGGUCUUCCGGGGAAUUGGGGAACGCCCCCUCUCGUUUCAAUGGAUGAGGAAAAAAUAAAAAUCGACGAAUACGAUUCGAACUUUAACUCCUUGUGGAUCACGAUAUGGGAGGGAAUGGCAGUUCCCUUUAAGAUGAUUAAACUGAAUUACCUCGGCGAAAGUAUAAAUAUAGGAAGCCAAUCUGCAGGUUUGGGAGCACAGAUAUCUGAUGAAGCAGGCGAUUUGUUUAUCGUCAUCCACAAUCAGAUUGAUUACGAGCAAAAUCAGCAUCACAUAUACCAGCUCACACUAGCUCUUGACGGUGAUAACACAAAAACUAUCGAAAUGCCUUUUAGAUUAGUCAACAUACUGGAUAACGCUCCUGUUAUGUCCAGUGAUAACGAUUGCGUAAUAGAGGAAGGUCGCGCAGACUUUCUUUCCAACUGCAGUUAUACGGUAUACCACGCGGACGGCUUCGAUGAGAAAGGAAUCGAAGGACAGUACACGAAUGAGUUGGAGUUCGUUAUUCCUGGUGACGAGGCUGAGCUUUUCGAGUUUGAGGAUACUACCGAUCCCAAUAGUAGAGAUCGCACUAGAAAACAAUUUAAACUAAGAGUUCUAAAAUCUUUGGACUAUACUCAGCGGGCGGUGUACAGCUUUCCCGUCACGGUGUACGAUUUGGACAGAACGCACAACUUCACGCUGAACCUGGUCAUACAGGUUCAAAAUGUCGAAAGCCGUCCACCCAUUUUCACCAAACCGUUUACGACACAGCGCAUUAUGGAAAAGCGAGAGUUCGAAACGAGGGUAGUCGCCAUCGACGGCGACACCGGACUCAACGCCACGGUGUGUUACGGAAUAACAGUGGAGGAAGAAGAUUAUAGCAGAUAUUUCCAUAUCGGGCGCGAAACUGGAAUUCUGAACGUGGAUAAAAUCGAUCGAGACGAAUUGCAGAAUGAAUUCUACAAGUUUACGAUAUCCGCCUUUAAAUGCCAUAAUGAAUCGUAUAUUACCACCAUUGAGGCUGCUAUUAUCUUGGACGAUGAUAACGAUCAUUAUCCGAAGUUUGAGGUUACUCCGACGAACCUGAUCUUCUGGGAAAAUACAUUGAUGAAUCUUCCACUGGAAACGUUUAAUAUCAAUGAUCCAGACCUGGGAGAUAAUGGAACGUACGAGGUAAAGUUACACGAGAUAGUCUCUGACAAAGAUCUACCAGGAGCUGCUUCGUUCAGUAUUGUUCCGACCAGUGGUUAUCAGCUAGCAUCUUUCACACUUACCAUCGUUAAUACUGUCCAGCUAGACUACGAGCUUCCGGAGCGCCAGUUCUUUCAAUUGAUAGUAACGGCUAGGGAGCUGGCAAACAGCUCUCAUACAGAACAACAAGUUCUUAACAUUACACUGGAGAAUUGGAACGAUGAAGUUCCAGCGUUUGAUCAGAAUACCUAUCAGAUCGAAAUAAAUGAAACCAUCGGCGAGAACUAUCCAUUGGUGCAAGUUCACGUCACCGAUCGUGACAUAGACGAUAACGUGUCACUACGUAUUCUCAGCCGUAUUAGUAAUGAUCUUGUGAUUACACGGUUGGAGGAUGAUUCGAGCGAACCAUCUUCAGUGCCCACGUUUAGCUUCGAAAUCAGUACCGCCCGAAAUGCCAUUUUCGACUGGGAUGUAUCUCCCGAAGUGAUCGUUCAGUUGGAAGCUCAAGAUACUCUUCAAACGAGCAAAAACGAACCGCUCCACCAGGUAUUUGCGCAGCUGGUAAUCACCGUGCUUGAUGUUAACAAUAAACCUCCCUUGAUUACACUGCCGCGAGGAAGAAUGCACAUCGCAGAGAACUCACAACCUAACACGGUGAUUAUGGUCGACGAGAUAGAUGCUGAAAUCAUCGGAACUGAUCCGGAUUCCACAGCUGAACUCCGGUUUUCGAUAGAUUGGCAGAAAAGUUAUGGAGUCAAAGGAGGCUUACAGAUUUCACCGGACGUCUUUGAAGGUUGCCUGGUUUUUGAAGUUGAUAAUUCUAAUCGAAACCGGAUCGUUGGAAAAAUACGGGUGAAUCCAAACCUUGACCAGAACGCCAUCAACAAAAAGUUGGAUUAUGAAGAGUACGAAACGCUAUUUCUAACGGUGACACUGGUAGACUCGAACCAGGUGAUUCCACCGGGAGAUGCGGAAACCGUCGUAGUUAUUCAGAUAGAAGAUGUGAACGAUAAUGCUCCGGAGUUUGUUGGAAACACACUGCAGAUCGAGCGAUCUGUUCUGGAAGAAGCCGAAACGGGAACGAUUGUUGGGAGCAUAACCGCUAGAGACAGGGAUGGUCCAAAAUUCAAUCAGAUCAGUUAUAUGUUAACUCCACAGCAGGUAGAACACGAAGGCUGGAUAAUGAUAGACCCAACGGGAAUGUUGUUAGUAAAUGCUACGAAGAAAAAAAUUGACUGCGAUGUCCCAAUUACCUUUUUCAUUCCGCUGGACAUUACUCUCACUGAUGGUCUUUUUGAAACAAAAGGAUCAAUUGAGAUUGCCAUCACAGAUACGAACAAUAAGAUCCCUUCGUUCGAAACCAUUCCAGAGCAGGUGGAAAUUUUGGAAAAAUCAACCUCCGGAACGGAGAUUUUGCUCAUGCAAGUAAAUGAUCUGGACCGGGACGAACCGUACCAUACGGUUGCAUUCGAAAUUGAUUACAAGACAAGUUCCGAAAAUCUGCAGAAUUACUUCGAGGUGAACCGAAUAGUGGAAUCUGUUCCGGCGAAUCGAGGUGCCCUACAAAAGGGGGCAAUAGUGGUGAAACAAAACAAUCGAUUACUGGAUCGGGACAGUGGAAUAGAUAGGUUUACCAUUAGCGUUAAAGCUCACGACAAUCCGAAUAGCUCGGGACGGCGCAAUACGGCGGACGCGCUCUUUACGCUGAUUCUGCUGGAUAUCAAUGACAACAACCCGGUGCUGCCAGAUCUCGCGGAUUUGCGACUCAAAGAGGACGCACUAGAAACCGAGCCAGUAGUUGAUAGUUUUACUGCUACCGAUCGAGACGAUAGAAGUACUCCAAAUGCGAAGAUCAAUUACCGACUGACGGGCAUCACAGCAGCCGGUGACAAUUCCGUUGAGGCAGCUGCAAACCAGGAAGUUGUCGAAAGUCUGUUCACACUGCAGCAGACAGACGAAUACGUGGCUCGGCUCGCCGUCGGACGGAAUCUGAAGGGUUUCUACGGCAGGUGGGAGAUUGGGAUUGAGGCCUGCGACCGGGGUGAUGAGUACACGGUAGUGGAAAACAGUCCUAGCUUGUGUAGCAGUGCGACCUACACGAUACGAGUAGAUCCGGUCAACUACAUGGCACCAGUGAUUAACUAUCCUACCAACGAAGAAAGGAUUCGACUGAAAUUCGAGUCUCUGGCGAAUGGACGACCACUGGUGAACGUGCAAGGAGAGACAAUUCCGAAUUUCUCCGCUACGGACACGGACGGCGGGGACUAUGGAGUGGUGACUUUUUCACUGCAGAGCACGAACCGUAAGAAUCGAAGCCAGGACCACCUGUUCUUUGCGCUGAACACUCUGGACCAGCAUCACGCUCAACUGGAGCUGCUGAAUGCUGAAGCAGUCGAAGCAAAACCCUAUCAGGUGACUGUUACCGCCAUUGAUGGCGGAAACCUAUUGGCCGAACCGGUCAAGGUGGUAAUAGUUUUCGUCGAUAUGACUGGUGAACCGGCAUUCGAAAUAACUGUUUUCGACACGGAUUUUACAGAAAACGAACUAGGCCUGCAGGAAAUUCGAAUCAUCCCGGCAGCCGUCGAUCCGAAGAAUGCCGAACUUCCACCGGAGGAUCACAAGAAUGUAUUCUACUUCAUCGACUAUUCUUACGGAACAUCCAGUAAUCUGUUCCAGUUAAAUAAAGAAACUCGUGAGCUUCGCCUAAACCGGGAACUGGACCGUGAAGAGAUUGCUUCGCACGAAAUCCGAGUCAUUGCGAGCAACAAUAUCAACGGACCAUCGACGCCGACUCCGGCAGACUCAACGGCGGCCCUGAUCGUGCGAAUCAAAGUAAAUGACGUCAAUGACAAUCCACCGAAGUUCCGCUUGCACGCAUACUCGGCCGGUAUUACCACGAACGACUAUAGCGGGAAAAUCUUGUUCACAGCGAUUGCCGACGAUCCGGAUGAGGAUGAUGUUGUAACUUAUAGUAUCGACGCAGCUUCACUGGAAGCGCAUGGUAAUAAUCUACCGACCUCUCCGAUGCCGUUCAAUAUGGGCAGAGAAAAUGGUCAGCUAUCACUGGCGACUCAAAUCCAGAAUACGAUGAAGGGUUUCUAUACGUUUACGAUUAUCGCCACCGAUCUCGUUGACCACACGGCUACGGCAUCCGUGAAGAUCUACCUGAUUACAGAAUCCAACCGCGUAAAGUUCGUAUUCCUUAACUACAAGACGGAAGUCGAUACUCCAGAAAUAAGAAACUUCGUAAAGGAACAGUUUACUGCGUAUUAUGAAAUGGCUUGCAACAUCGAUGAUGUAGUUCAGGGUACGCUCGGGGAAGUGCAACGUGCUGAUGUCGAUCAACGAGUAACCGAUGUAAGAGCGCAUUUCAUUCGCGACAAUGAAGCCGUCGAGGCGCUAGAAAUUCAGCAACGUUCCAACGAUCGCGUAUUUGUGACCAACCUGAAAACGGCGCUUUCUGCCCGGCAGCUACUGCUGCAGGAUGUGCCCAUUACGAGCAUUGAAGCAAUCGAUGAACAACAAGAAUUGCUCCAAAUCGUGCUGAUUGUGGUUUCGUCCGCUCUGGCCGGAGUAUGCGUUAUACUACUGGUUGCGUUCUGCAUCAAGACGCGCAGCCUUACCCGGCAGCUGAAGGCUCUGUCGGCUCCCGAUUUUGUUUCCAUUGCUUCCGACAUCAACGGAGGUCGGAAGGUGCCCACGACAAACGUUUUCGCGACGGAGAGUUCCAAUCCGGUGUUGAAUGAUCGCGAAUUUCCCAAAGGAGCUUUCGAUGACAUUAGUGUUCAGUCAUAUGAAUCGGACUUUAUCGGUAUCGACAACGACCUCUUUAAAUCCAAUAGGAAGGACGAUGAAUUAAAUCCGCAACUUAUUGAACAUAUCAAGCAACGCUCACUGAACCCGAUGGUUAAUGGUGGAACAAAUCCGGGCAUCACUCUAAGGAGAGAAACAGAGUCCAGUACGGACGAACUGACACAUAAGUUCUGA